AUGAGUUCUUCAUCAAGCUCUCGUGAACCUUCACCAUCUAUGAAACAAACUUUACCAAACGAUUAUGGAGCACCUAUUGAAUAUUUCUUACGAGCUGCACAAUGGCAAAGAGCAGUCUCACCAAGGUUAGGUGUUCCACCAGCUCCUGUCAAAAAUAGCAUUUGGUCAAGUCCUUAUAUAAGAUAUGGUCUCCCACUAGGUUUGCUAGCUACAGCAGGAGCAGUUAUGAUGUUGAAAAGAAAUAAAGCAAAUGUUGUAAAUAAUACUGAAGUAGCUGAAGUUAAACAAACUCCAACGCCUUCAAUGACUCCUGAACCUAUGGAAGUACAAACUCCUGUUCAAAAGUCAACUCCUAAACCGACUCCAACAUUUAAACCAGAACCUACUCCUCAAAUAAAUCGUAAAACUCCUGCGUUUCCUUACUGA